UCAGCAAGAAUGAGCAGCAGCAGAGCUGGCAGAAAGCUGGAUAAAAAAGUGGCCAUAGUCGCUGGGUCCACAAAAGGGAUUGGUCUGGCCGUGGCCCGGCGUCUGGCUAGGGAUGGGGCCCAUGUGGUGAUCAGCAGCCGGAAGCAGCAGAACGUGGACAGUGCUCUUGCCAUGCUGCAGAGGGAGGGACUGAGCGUGACGGGUACGGUGUGCCACGUGGGGAAGGCCGCGGACCAGGAGCAGCUUGUGGCCAAGGCACUGGAGCAUGAUGGGGGUGUGGACUUCCUGGUGUGUGUGGCAGGAGUCAACCCCCUGGUCGGGAGCACCCUGGGUGCCAGUGAAGAGGUGUGGGACAAGAUCCUGGGCGUGAACGUGAAGGCCCCGGCCCUGCUGCUGAGCCGGCUGCUGCCCCACAUGGAGAAGAGGGGGGGCGGCUCGGUGGUCCUGGUCUCCUCCAUAGCAGGGUACCUGCCCAUGCCAAAGCUGGGAGUCUACAACACCAGCAAAACAGCCCUGUUGGGCCUCACUAAGUCUCUGGCUAUGGAGCUGGCUCCUAAGAACAUCCGGGUCAACUGCCUGGUGCCAGGAAUAAUCAACACGGACUUUGUUCAAGUGGAGAAAAUUAUGCCAAACGUGUUAUCUGAAUAUAAUAAAGUCUUCAGCUUGCAGCGGUUUGGGGAGCCCGAGGAGUGUGCAGGCAUCGUGUCCUUCCUGUGUUCCUCUGAUGCCAGUUUCAUCACCGGAGAGAACAUUGUGGUGGCUGGCUACUCCCCUAAACUGUGA